CCCGGUUACCGAACGGACCUGGACGACCUCUGCCUUCGUCAUUUCCUGCCGGCCCGCCGGUUUCCGGAUGAAACGAGGAGCCAGGAGGAGACAUCACAGCUUUCCCAGAUUGGGAGGAAAAAUAUGGAAUGUGUUUUACCGCUGACUGAACACAACCAAAUGAACUGUACUGACAGUAGUUUGAAAACCAGCAGUUAGCAGUUUGUUCAGGCUCUAACAUUGUCCAGCACUUUCCAGAGCAAACUCACUGUUUACAAGAACUCUCGGCCUUACGACGUUUAUAACCUCAAGCUUUGUUUAUUUAAAAUAUUUCUGCAAAAGAAAAGUACCCGGAGCCCACUUUCCAAAAUGGCCAUGGAUGAGUAUUUGUGGAUGGUCAUUUUGGGUUUUAUCAUAGCUUUUAUCUUGGCGUUUUCUGUUGGUGCAAACGAUGUUGCCAAUUCAUUUGGUACUGCUGUGGGCUCUGGCGUGGUGACCUUGAGGCAGGCGUGCAUUUUGGCUUCAAUAUUUGAAACAACCGGCUCAGUGUUACUGGGAGCCAAAGUGGGAGAGACCAUUCGAAAAGGUAUCAUUGAUGUGAACCUAUACAACGAGACAGUAGAAACACUAAUGGCUGGGGAAGUUAGUGCAAUGGUUGGCUCAGCGGUUUGGCAGUUGAUUGCAUCCUUCCUGAGACUUCCCAUCUCAGGAACCCACUGCAUUGUUGGUUCUACUAUAGGAUUCUCACUUGUCGCAAUUGGUACACAAGGUGUGCAGUGGAUGGAGCUCGUCAAGAUUGUUGCUUCUUGGUUUAUAUCUCCACUCUUGUCUGGUUUCAUGUCUGGCGUGCUGUUCGUACUGAUCAGAAUUUUCAUCCUAAAGAAGGAGGACCCUGUUCCCAAUGGCCUGCGGGCACUCCCAGUGUUCUAUGCUGCUACAAUAGCAAUAAAUGUGUUUUCCAUCAUGUACACGGGAGCACCAGUGCUUGGCCUGUCCCUUCCCAUAUGGGCAAUAGCACUCAUCUCCUUUGGUGUUGCGCUGCUCUUUGCCCUUUUUGUAUGGCUCUUUGUGUGUCCAUGGAUGCGGAGGAAAAUAGCAGGCAAAUUACAAAAAGAAGCCGCUUUAUCGCGAGUGUCUGAUGAAAGCCUCGGGAAAAUUCAGGAAGCGGAUUCCCCGGUAUUUAAAGAGCUGCCAGGUGCCAAGGCCAAUGACGACAGCACUGUCCCUCUCACGGGGCCUGCAGGGGAGCCAGCUGGGACCUCAGAAGGCACGUCAGUGGGAAACCACCCCCGGGCCUCCUACGGAAGGGCACUUUCCAUGACUCACGGCUCUGCAAAAUCGCCUGUCUCCAACGGUACCUUCGGCUUUGACGGCCACACGCGGAGCGACGGGCACGUGUACCACACGGUGCACAAAGACUCGGGGCUCUACAAGGACUUGCUGCACAGAAUGCACACGGACAGGGGCCCCGAGGACAGGCCCGCCCCGGAGAACAACUACAGGCUGCUGCGCCGGAACAACAGCUACACCUGCUACACGGCCGCCAUCUGUGGGAUGCCCGUGCACACGACCUUCAAGGCCGCCGACUCGUCCUCCGCCCCCGAGGACAGCGAGAAGCUGGUGGCUGACGCCGUGUCCUACUCCAAGAAGAGACUCCGCUACGACAGCUACUCGAGCUACUGCAAUGCGGUCGCAGAAGCUGAGAUCGAGGCCGACGAGGGAGGUGUGGAAAUGAAGCUGGCCUCUGAGCUGAGCGAUCCUGACCAGCCCCGAGAGGACCCCGCAGAAGACGAGAAGGAGGAGAAGGACACAGCCGAGGUCCACCUCCUGUUCCAUUUCCUGCAGGUGCUCACUGCCUGUUUUGGAUCCUUCGCUCAUGGUGGCAAUGACGUGAGUAACGCCAUCGGUCCCCUGGUAGCCUUGUGGCUGAUUUAUGAGCAAGGCGCAGUCCUGCAAGAAGCAGCGACCCCCGUCUGGCUGUUGUUUUAUGGAGGAGUCGGCAUCUGCACCGGUCUCUGGGUCUGGGGGAGAAGAGUGAUCCAGACCAUGGGGAAGGACCUCACGCCCAUCACGCCAUCGAGCGGCUUCACCAUUGAGCUGGCCUCUGCGUUCACAGUGGUGAUCGCCUCCAACGUCGGGCUUCCUGUCAGCACCACACACUGCAAGGUGGGCUCGGUGGUGGCUGUGGGCUGGAUCCGCUCCCGGAAGGCCGUGGACUGGCGCCUCUUCCGGAACAUCUUUGUGGCCUGGUUUGUGACUGUUCCCGUGGCUGGGUUGUUCAGUGCUGCUAUCAUGGCUCUCCUCAUGUACGGGAUCCUUCCAUAUGUGUGAUUUGUCUUCUUCCACCCAGCGCACAAGGGGUAGUCUGGUGUGGGGACGUGGGGGGGGGGCGUGUGGCAUGCGUCAUGCCCAUGCACGGGCUGUCCCCCACCAGCUUCUCCGUGUCCCUUUCCUAAGGUUCCGAACCACACUGCUCACCUACACUGUAGAGAGUCAUCCUCCAGAGCUAACUUAACUACUGUACAUAAUCAUGUGCAUUAAACUGGUAUCGUGGUGACAUAACGUGGUGCGGUUACUUAUCUGUUAAAUAUAUAUUGUAUACAUAGAAUACAUAGCAUUAUUUCAGACAUACUCAAAAUGGGAGUGGAGAUAUAUAUUGCCUAGAAUUCAAUGUUCAACAAAUCUUUGUAUGUCAUGAUUUCAGUGGCAAAUUUUAAGAACCUUUUAAAAGUAAAGUGUAGAUUGGAAAGUGAUGUUUUCCCCAUUGAAUAUACUGUAAGAUAAGCGAGAAUUGGGAUGGAUGAUGCCCAUUUGGGCAGGUGUAGGUCCAUGGGUGUGCUCUUGAAUAAUACUAGGGUAGGAGUUCACAAGUGCUUUCACUGAGGAAUCUGUUCAUAUACUGUGUAUUGAUUCUGUAAUAUAUCAUAAUUGCUUCUGUAAAUACUUAAAACUGUAAUUUUUUAAUGGUGUGCUUCCCUAUACUUUUUUGAUCAGAGAAUUUUGGAAAGUACCAAAGAAGCAGGGGAAUAGUUUGCCAGUAUUAUAUUUUCAUAUUGUCUGUCUCCCCUUCUCAUUAAUCCUACCAUUAGCCUAUGCUGUAGGGAGACCGCCAGGCUCCGGCCUGCCCCUCAGCAGUGCAGAUACUGAAACACCAGCCCCCCCAACCCAGCCCCCAGCAUGUGCGGGGCCUACUUCGGGUCCCCUACCCCACCCCACCCCCACUGCUGCCACAUGCCAGAUACUGGUGAACCCCGCAGUGGCCCUUCAUCGUCGUCCGCGUAGAGAGUGUACGUAUGUAAGGAUGCGUGAUCAAGCACCACAUAUCAAGUCCAGUUUAAAUUUUCACCCCUCUUCUCCCCCUGCAGCCUGAAGAACAGAAUUCUUGUCUCAGACACUAAGGCGAGUGAUUUGACAUUCUAGAAGUUCAGGAGCAGGGAGAGUUGAAAUAUUAGACAAUACACUGGAUUUGAGGAUUUCCUUGAGGCCUUUACUAAGCUGAACAUCUUGAUGCUCUACUGUAGUCCCAUUGGAUUCUUUUUUGAUAGCGGGAGGGAGGAAGUAUGACUAAUGUUAGAGCCUGAAACUAUGGAAAUGCUGCUAAAAUUUUUAUAUUGACAAACGUUUUCUUGGUACUUCAUUGUGAUUUUUUCAUUAAUCAACCACAUUAAAUUUAUAAUAAAAAAUGCCCCUCAA